AUGCCGCAGGGCAUCGCUGCUGGGUACCACGUGAGGGGAGUCUUCUACGGCUGGAACCCAACCCACGGCCACCUCCUCCCCGGACCCCCAUCCUACCUCCCCGUGGAGGACGUCAACCACUCAGACUGCUGGCUCCAUGUCCGCCUCUACUACUGCGAUGUGCUGGUGAAGGAGGUCACCACGCGCACGGCCGAGGGCUGCCGCAUCACCUCCCGCGCCGUCCUGGCUGACAGCGAGCGCCUCUACGGCCCCUCCUGCAUGGAGCAGAUCGAGUUCCCCCCGCCGCGGGUGCUCGGCGGCAGCGGCCGGGUGGCCGGCAUGACUGACGUGCUGGAGCGGCUCCUGCCCCACCUGGAGCGCGGUGUGCUGCUGUGGGUAGCGCCGGAGGGGGUCUUCAUGAAGCGCCAGUGCCAGGGCAGGGUGUACUGGAACGGGCCACUGGCCCCGCACAGGGACUGGCCCAACAAGCUGGAGAGGGAGAAGACCUACAAGCUGCUGGACACGCAGCAGUUCCUGCAGCAGCUGCGGGGGUACCUGAGCCACGGGCAGCCCAUGCCGCAGUACCAGAUCCACCUGUGUUUUGGGGAGGAAUACCCCACCAGCGCCGGGCACCACUUCCAGAAGCUCAUCAUGGCCCACGUGGAGCCGGUGUUUGCGCGGGAGCUCUUCCAUCACGCCCAGCGCAUGGGGCCGACGCUGCUCCGCGACUCCCCCCAGCCCUGCACCCCCGGCGCCUCCAGCCACAUUAUCCGCGUCCUCAAACAGCUCUGCCAGCCCUGAGCCCGGGCGGGCGGGAGGAGAGCCCAGUCACGACAAAGCCUCGGAGCGGGAUGCUCUGCUGCCCCACGGCCCCGCUCCGGCCACAUUCCCCGAGCUGGUGUGCGCGGGGCGCUCAGCGCUGCGGGGCUGGAUGCGGGCGGGUGGACGGCCACCGCCGCCGCCGCCGCGCAGAUCGCUGUAUUUAUUCCCCGGGAGCCACCCGGGUGGGAUUUGCUCUGUGCUUGUUUGGUGAGCCGGAGCAGAGCCAGCUCUGUCCUCGUGCCUUGCACUGCCGGGACUCACCGUUCGCAAACCUUAGAAAUAAAGGUUGUAUU